AUGGAGGUCGAAGUCAUCUCUGUGAGUCAAGGAGGGGCAAAACCAGAGCGGCGAUCCCCCGUUCCCCCCCCUCCUCCGCGCAGGAGGGAUACAUCUGUGGGGGAGAAGAGGAAGCGAGGUAGGCCCCCAACCACGGGGGAAUUUGCUGGGCUCGCUGCCGCAAAGCAGCGGCUCAACGACGAGAGGGAGAGGGAGCUGCAGCUCCAGGCGGAGAAGGAGAUGCAGGAGGACUUCGACGCCAUCAAGGUAAAGACCCGGUCGUCCGGUGCGGCGUCCCCUCCUCCCUCCCAAACAACGGAGCGCGCCCCGUUGCGUGGUGCCCUCCCGGUGCCGGAGAUCAUCGUCCGCGACCUGCCGACCUCCGAGAUCGUUAAGAAGACGAAGCAGUUCUCGGCGGCGGUGGUGCGGAUGGCGGUGACCUCGAAGAGGUUAAAGGGGGGUUAUAUCAAGAACCUCAAGGAAGCGGCUGUAAACAUGGAGGAGGCCGCUGUUAUUCUGGCCAGCCGCAUGGACACUAGUGGAGAGGUCCAGCGGUUGGAGGGCCAGAACCGACAGCUCCUCGGGGAGGUUGCCGAGUUGCGGGCGACGGUCUCCUCUAUACGCGCCGAUCGGGACGCUGUCCAGCGCAAACUGGACAGUGUCCAGAGAAGAAACACCGCCCUCGAGGCCGACGUGGAGGCCCUACACGAGGAGCUCCGCGAUCUGCGACGAGAGCUAACCUCGCUGAAGAUGGCGGGGCUCCGGGCUCCCACCAACGAGCCGCGGGAACAACCGGCGCUCCCGCUGGGGGAAUCUCCGCUCCCCCAGCGAAAACCAAGGUCGCGUGGGCCAACGUCCCGCCGGGCACCUACCCGGGGUUCCAGCCCGGGGUCCGGUCGGGAAAUGGACGUCUCCCCCCCUCCAGAAAGGGAGACAGACGGGGGCGACAGGUCGGUGGGUCCUCCACCGGGUCCGGGGGCUCCACGAGAGGAGGAGCGCCAGGCCGUGCUCCCUCAGGAACAAAAGGACACGAAGUCCCUCCUGAGGGAUCACACCCGCGCGAUGGACAGGCUGAUCACUGAACGGCUGGACAAGUUUUUCCAGUCGUUCGUUGAUCGGCAGCUGCGCCCUACUCUAGGGAGUGGUCCCCAGAANGGGACAGUGGCGGUGGCUCGAACGGAGACAGGGGACGGCAGCCGAACCGCACUUGGUGCGACAACUGCGUUGGUCCCCUUGCCCCCGGUCCGACCGGGACAGGGAACUUCUGGGCCCUCUCAGACCCAGAAGUCGAGGGCCAAGAAGAAGGCCAAACGGAAGAAGGGGGCUAAGGGAAAGGAGGGAGGCGAGCAGCGGCCGGGAACCGGUCCGGUGGCAAGUGCCACCCCCCGAACACCCGGACAAGGGCUCGCCCCCUCCACAUCCGCCUCCCAGCCCGUUGCUCCCACCACCUCACAGGACUCUUGGUCCCAGGUGGUGGGACGCAAAAAGAAGAAGAAGCCGGUCCCCCAAACCUCCGCCUCAACACCGCCCAGCGGCAGGGGCGAAGGCAAGGGAACGGGCAACACGCGGGCGGGGAAGACCAAGCCAGCUCCUUCCAAGCCCCGAUUAGGCCGGCCACCCCGUUAUUCGGCGGUG